AUGGUAUCAAUUAAUUGCACAUAUGAUUCGACUGUUGCUACAUGUAAUUCCUUAACAACAGGAGGAAUCAUUGGACUGGCAAUUGGAUGUUUCAUUAUUUUACUUAUUAUUGUUAUUAUUAUCAUUUGCUGCUGUUGUUCUUGUGAAUGUGCGGAAAGAUGUGGAUGUCAAAAUACUUGCAGGUGUUUUGGAAAAUGUAAUCAAGCUGGAAGAAGUAUUACUGUUCAUCCAAAACCAUAUCAGCCACAACCAUUUGUUACUCAGACGAAUCAAAAUGGUUUUGAAAAUAAGCCACAGUAUACGCCUGCACCCAAACCUGUGCCUAAGCCCCAGCUACAACCAACAUCAGCGCCAACCAUUGUCAAAAGAACUGAAAUUAAGAUAAUAAGGCCACAACCAGUACAACCGAAUCAACCAUCAACGGUUCGACCAAAUACCCCACAACCAACGCCAACACCGAUACCAGUUAAAAAACCUGAUCCAGCACCGCCUUACAUACCAACACCAGCUCCUCAACCAGUAAUUGAAACGUGGAAUCCUCCUCCACUUGUAACCCCAAAACCAGUCGUCGAAAAAUGGAAUCCACCACGUUCUCCGGUCAUUGAAACAUGGAAUUCUGCAUCUGAACCAACAGUUGUACAAUCUAAUCCCACACCUGAAACAAUUGUUGAACCGACAAAUUCUCCACCUGCGGCGACUGCCGAAACAUGGAAUCCUGUUCCGGAAGCAACUGUGGAAACGUGGAAUCCUGCACCUGAAGCAACUGUGGAAACGUGGAAUCCUGCACCUGAAGCAACUGUUGCACCGUCUAAUCCCACAACUGAGCCAAUCGUUGAACCGACAAAUCCUCCACCUGAGGCGGCUGUCGAGACGUGGAACCCUGCUCCUGAAGCGGUUGUCGAGACGUGGAACCCUGCUCCCGAAGCAACUGUCGAGACAUGGAAUCCUGCUCCUGAAGCGGCUGUCGAGACGUGGAAUCCUGCACCUGAAUCAACUGUUACACCGUCUAAUCCCACAGCUGAGUCAAUCGUUGAACCGACAAAUCCUCCACCUGCGGCGGCUGUCGAAACGUGGAACCCUGCUCCCGAAACAGCUGUCGAGACGUGGAAUCCUGCACCCGAAGCAGCUGUCGAGACGUGGAACCCUUAA